CUUCAACAACAUAAACUACUUCUAAUUGUCUGCGCUCUCUUCAACAUGCACAACCGACCCUCCAAUUCACAUAAAAGUCAGCCGGUCAACGGUUCCUCAAGCCACCAGCCUCCGCCGUCACUUCCACCGCCGCGACUCACCUACGAGCAAGAAGUGUCCGUCAUGGUUAACGCGUUGAAAAAUGUCAUCUCCGGUGCCUCAUUGGAGUCUUCACAUGAUUUGCGGUUUCAUCCGACUGAUACUACGUCUGAUUUCCGCUUUUUAACGGCUGCUAGUGUCUCGGGUUCCGUCAUAAGAGGUUCAACAUCUUUUAUGACGGAACCCGAGACUAUUGCCGGUGUCUCGGGUUCAGCGUCUUUUGUGACGGAACCCGAGACAUGCAGGUUUUGUAACAUUAGUGGGUGUCUAGGGUGCGAUUUUUUCGGAGUCGAGGAAAAUGAUACCAAAAAUAGUAACAAGAAGGGGAAGAAUAAUGUAAAUGCGGUGACGAUGAAGAGGAAGAAAAAGAAUUUCAGAGGAGUAAGACAGAGGCCGUGGGGGAAAUGGGCGGCGGAGAUUCGGGACCCACGGAAGGCGGCGCGUGUUUGGCUAGGGACAUUCGAGACGGCGGAGGCGGCGGCGCGUGCUUACGAUAGAGCGGCUAUUGAGUUUAGAGGGCCGAGAGCUAAGCUCAAUUUUUCCUUCGCCGAUUACAAUAAUUCUUCUUCGGCUUUGAAAAAGCAAGAGGAGGAAAUUGCGAAAAUUCGGGAGGAGGAGGAGAAGAAGAAGGAAGAAAAAUUGCGGAGAAAUGAGAGGGAAAUUAUGGAGAAGAAUAAGGAGAAAGAGUGGUGGAGAAUGAGUGCUGGAGAUGAUGAGUUUCAGAAAUGGAUGAUGAUGAUGGAUAGUUGUGAUCAGUCUUGUGAUUCUGCUGGGAGAACUAAUAUUCAUAGUGUUUGAUUACGUAAAAUAUGACGGAAUCAGAAUUUCGAAAUAAGUUCGGUACGAUAUGGUUACUAAUCAAGUAAAAAUAGAGGAAAAUUCUUUUAAUAGUUGUCUUGUAACAAGCAGCUGCAAAUUAAGAUUGCAUGCUGUUUGGUGUAUUUUUUGAAGCAACUAAACAAUAGAAUAUGGUUCAUUUUUUAUA